AUGCCUAUCGCAUGGGCUUUCCUGGGCCUAGAUGGCGCUCUAGCGACGCUGCAUGUUGAGCCUGACCGCCGGGGUCAGGGUCUUGCUUCUUGCUUAUCGAUGGAAAUUAUGCGUCGAGAAAUGGAUCUGGAUGGAAUGUUUGGCGCUAAAGGGGAGGAUGGGAAGGUGCAAAACCAACUGAGAGAGUGGGUUCAUGCGGAUGUGGCUCAGUAUAACAUGGCUCGUCGGAGGGCUAUUGAGAAGGUUGGAGUACGCCAUGCCCUUGACACUGGAGCAAUCUCCUCUUAUUCCUCGGGGUCGCCCCGCCAUCCCCCGUCACCAAUUGCCCCACGCCAUGCAGGUCCAGUAAAGCCUGCCAUAGUCGCCGCGUUAGUCUCCACAUGGAAUGCCACUUUCCUCGCUGCAGCAGACAGCACCAUCACCUCAACAUUAUCAGCCACCAUCGCACACGAAUUCGAGUCCUUGGCCUUCGAGUCCUUGGCCUUCGUAUCAUGGCUAGGCUCAGGCUAUCUCAUAGGCCUAACAGCCACACAGCCACUCAGCAGGAAACUAAGUGACAUUUUCGGGCGGCGCGUGAACUUUUGCAUCGCGUCGGGUUUGUUUACCAUCGGUAACCUCGUCUGCGGGUUCUCCCGUUCGAAAGUGGUGCUGAUCGCAGCACGGACCUCUGGUAUGAGUCUAGGAGCGGUGAUUGGUGGUGCGAUUAAUGAUGCGGUAGGCUGGAGAUGGGCGUUUGUUGGCAUUGCACCGUUAUCAUUCAUUGCCGGACUAGGUGUUGCAACAUUUGUGCCGAGUCAAGGCGAAGGCAAACAGAAACUUGGAGAAAUGCUCGGUCGAAUUGACUUCCUCGGUGCUGUGACUUUGGUAUCAUCUCUGGUUUUGUUGCUGCCUGGCCUCAACUACGACGGGUCGCAAGAGAGAUCGCCAAUGAUCGUCAUGGCCAUUCCUGCGGGCGCUGCACUUAUGGUGGCAUUUCUUAUUGAAUAUCGUUGGGCAAAAGAGCCGAUUAUUCCCCUGUCAUUGUUUGGUCGACGGACCGUGGUCGCAGCAUGUUUGACAGCCUGGUUCAUGAGCAUGGCGUUCUACGCGCUCACAUUUUAUGUUCCACUGUACCUACAGAUGCCGGGAUAUUCCACCAGCGAGACAGGUCUCCAGAUUCUUCCCGAUUCCAUAGGCGCCGGAUUGGUGUCUUUCCGAUAA